GAAGUAAAUAUCGCCAAACCCUAGCCGCCGUUUUGUCUACUUCUUCCCUCCAUUCCUCUUCUCGUCCUUCCUAGCCCUCGUCGCCAUGGGCAGAGUGAUUCGAGCUCAAAGAAAGGGCGCGGGGUCGGUUUUCCGAUCCCAUACCCACCAUCGCAAGGGCCCAGCUCGCUUCCGAAGCCUCGACUUCAGCGAGCGUAAUGGAUAUCUGAAGGGCGUGGUCACCGACAUUAUCCAUGACCCUGGUCGCGGUGCGCCCCUUGCCCGAGUUACCUUCCGCCACCCCUUCCGUUACAAGCACCAGAAGGAGCUCUUCGUCGCGGCUGAGGGCAUGUACACCGGCCAGUUCCUCUACUGCGGCCGCAAAGCCUCUCUCAUGGUUGGAAAUGUUCUCCCUCUUCGCUCCAUCCCUGAGGGCGCCGUCGUUUGCAACGUUGAGCACCACGUCGGAGAUCGUGGAGUGCUCGCAAGGGCGUCUGGGGACUAUGCUAUUGUCAUUAGCCAUAACCCCGAUAACGGUACCAGUAGGAUAAAGCUCCCAUCUGGUGCAAAGAAGAUUGUCCCAAGUGGCUGCCGAGCUAUGAUUGGGCAAGUUGCAGGCGGCGGUAGAACCGAAAAACCUCUUCUUAAAGCAGGCAAUGCCUAUCACAAAUAUAGAGUGAAGAGAAACUGCUGGCCAAAGGUUCGUGGUGUCGCCAUGAACCCAGUAGAACAUCCCCAUGGAGGAGGAAACCACCAGCAUAUCGGUCAUGCCUCUACUGUUCGUCGCGACGCUCCUCCUGGACAGAAGGUUGGUCUCAUUGCAGCAAGAAGAACUGGGAGACUCAGAGGACAAGCUGCUGCUACUGCUGCAAAGGCAGAUAAGAGUACUUAGAGAAUUUAAAUUAUCAACGGUUAUCUUUAUUUUUUUUUUUCUGAGUUAGUAAGUUUUGUUGUUGAAAACCCUUAGUAGGUGAGGCUGUUGUCAUCUGAUUGAUGUUUAUGUUUGUCAUUUCUUUGGAAUUUGAAGUGUUUGUGUUUGACAAUUAUUUCAAAAUCAGAGAUUUAGGCUUCUUUUGGGA